AUGGCUUCGCCUAAUGAUGAUCGUGUAGUGAAAGGCGGAUACUGGUAUUGCGACAAUAAGCUCCCAACCCCGGUGGCCAGCAUACCUUCGAACAAUUUCACCCAUCUUUUCGCUGCCUUUGCGGAGGUCAACCCCACCACCUAUGAAGUUACCUUUCCUGAAGAACAUAGGGAGCAGUUCUCAACCUUCACCCUAACCGUGCAAGGAAUAAAUCCAGAUGUUACAACCCUUUUAUCCAUCGGUGAAACUGGAGUAUCUACCACUUCGACCUUUGCUUCAUUGGCUAGCCACUUCAAUACCCGCAAAUCGUUCAUAAAUUCCUCAAUAAGUCUAGCCAGGUCUUACGACUUCCAUGGCCUUAGCCUCCACUGGCUGUACCCCUCCACGAAGGAAGAAAUGGCCAACCUUGGCUCACUCCUCCUUGAAUGGGGAGCUGCCGUGAAGCAUGAGUCCGAGUUGACCGGCAAUGACAAGUUGCUUCUUGUCGCAGCGGUCUAUUACAGGCCAACAUAUCGGACGUUCCUCUAUCCCGUUGAUGCUAUUGCUGGGAGCUUGGACUGGAUCAACCUAGUGGCGUAUGACUUCUAUAACCCCGCUCUCUCAUGGAAUGCUACUGGACCUUUUGCUGCAUUGUACAAUGGACAUAUCCAUGAAAUAAUCCCACGUUCUGCGGAUCACGGCAUCAUUGAAUGGAGUCAGUCAAAGGUGACCGCCACAAGAAUAGUCCUCGGCCUUCCAUUUUACGGCGCUGCGUGGCUUCUAGAUCUUGAUAUAGAUCUAGAAGAUUCUACAAGGACUGACAUAUUUGCCCCGGCUGAAGGACCGGCUGAUGGACAGGCUGAUGGAGUAUAUGUUGAUCCCUCAGAUGGGACCAUACUUUAUAACCAAAUCAAGUAUUUCGAAGAGAGACACCCCGAAGGCAUUCAGGAAUACAGUGCCGACUAUGUUGUAGACUAUUUCAGUGCUGAGAAUAUUUGGAUUGGUUAUGAUGAUAUCAAAAGUAUCACUGCUAAGGUUAAAGAUGCUAAGAAUGAGUUCAAGUUGCUCGGCUACUAUGCAUGGCAUGUGGGCGGUGACAGGCAGGGGAUUCUUUCAAUCACAGGUUAG